CACAAAUACAACGCGUGUCAUCACCGCCACCCUUCAUGUCUCCACUGAGUGUCAUAUGAGUGAUGAACUUCGACAGGGAGGUGAUCCGACAGACCAGUUGUUAUACAUAUGUGAUAGAGGAUGAAGAUUCAGCCCUGGCAAGACUAAAUGUUUUCGAGCUGGCUGAGAAGGGGGACCUGGUUCUCUUGGAGAACAUGGUGAUUCAGAGCCCAGAGGUCUUGAGUGAGAAAGAUGAAUGUGGGGCUAGUCCCCUUCAUCACGCCGCCGCAGGGGACCACGUCAACCUCGUCCAAUUCAUCACCAACGUCUUAGACUCACAGGACCUGAACAGCUGUGAUGAGCAGGGCAACGUGCCGCUCCACUGGGCAGUGGAGAAAGACAUGGCAGGGAGCUGCCAGGCUCUUUUGGACCUGGGGGCCAACCCCAACAUCCUGAACAAGGCCCUCCUGUCCCCUCUGCACCUGGCGGUCUGCCUGGGACACAACAACCUGGUGGAGCUGCUGCUGUCCAACAGUACUACAGAUUGCAAUCUUCAGGGAGAACUUGGCAACACCCCAUUGAUACUGGCCUGCUCCAUCAAUAACUUUGAGGCCCUCAACAUAUUGAUAACGCAUGGCAAAGCGCGGCUCUGCCAACAGAACAAGCUCGGCCAUUUCCCCGUGCACGCAGCUGCCUUCGCAGGUGCAAAGAAAGCCAUGGAAGUGAUCCUGAAGGCCGGUGAGAAGUUUGGCUACCAGGUUGAAGAGCACAUCAACUAUUUAGACAAGUCCAAGAGCAGUCCCCUCCAUCUGGCUGUGCGUGGCGGGAAUAUCGAUGCCAUCGGUUACUGCAUUGCUACUGGGGCCAGAGUUGACCAGCGACAGAAUGACAAGUCCACGCCGCUUCAUUUGGCCUGCACGCAGGGAGCUACUGAGGUAGUCAAACUGAUGUUGGCCUCCUUUGACCAAGUGGAAGAUGUCAUCAACCUACCUGAUGGGGCGUGUCAGACCCCUCUACAUAGGGCUACAAUAUUUGACCACACAGAGCUGGCAGAUUACCUCAUUUCUUUGGGUGCAGACCUGAACAGUAUUGAUUGUAAAGGAAAAUCUCCCUUGCUACUGGCUACGAGCUGCGGAUCAUGGAGAUCUGUGGCUUUGCUGCUGUCAAAAGGGGCAAGUGUAAACGUGAAAGACAGAUGUGGUUGUAACUUCCUUCACCUGGUCAUUCUUCAGCCCAAGGGUCUGCAAAACCUCCCAGAAGAAGUUCUGCAGAACGGCAGCGUGACGGCGCUGCUGAGCUGUGAGGAUCAAGAGGGCUGCACCCCUCUCCACUACGCGUGCAGACUGGGAAGCCACAGCUCAGUGAAGAACAUGGUGGGCCUCUCGGGGCAGCUUGGCCUCGCUUGCAAGUCGAAGGACAAGAAGUCGGUCCUGCACUUUGCUGCUCAGUACGGGCGCGUCAAUACAUGCCAGCGAUUGCUGGAGACCCUCACAGACUCUCGUCUGCUAAACGAAGGUGACGAGCAUGGCCUGACUCCGAUCCAUUUGGCUUCCAAAGAGGGGCACACCAAGGUGGUAAAUCUGCUGCUGCGCAAAGGAGCUCUCUUUCACAGUGAUUACAAGGGCUGGAGUUGUCUGCACCACGCUGCAUCUGAAGGAUACACACAAACUAUGGAGAUUCUCCUGUCGACCAAUCCCAAGUUGCUGGAUAAAAUAGAUGAGGAUGGGAACACUGCCCUCCACGUCGCAGCAAGAGAGGGACAUGUGGCUGCAGUCUUGCUCAUGCUGUCCCGCGGAGCAGAGCUUACCUUAAACAAGAACGACAUCUCCUUCCUCCAUGAAGCUAUACAAAAUGGGAAAAAAGAUGUGGUCAAUGCUGUAAUUGACACCGACAGAUUUGAACCGGCUGUGUCACUGUUCACAUUUACCUCGUCCCAGAAAAAUCCCAUACUAGAAAUGAUUGAGUAUCUGCCUGAGACCUACAAGCACCUAUUGGACAGCUGUGUGAAGGAAUCUGGUGAUGAUCAGAACAGUCCUGACUAUUAUAUUGAAUACAAUUUCUUCUGGCUCCAAGCUCCACUUGCAAUAAGGAUGUUAACUAAGAAGACCAAGACCAUUCUGCCACUAGCUGCACUCAACGCGAUGGUGCAGUACAACCGCAUUGAACUCCUCAACCACCCUGUCUGCAAAAAGUACCUCACAAUGAAGUGGUCUGCAUAUGGGAGCAUAGCUCAUAUGCUGAACAUGUUCAUGUACCUGUUAGGCCUGCUGCCCCUCACUCACCUAAUCGUGAAUCUGAGGCCCGCUCUGAACAAAACUGACACGGGCGAGCACAUAAUCAUCAUGGUGCCAGUAUCUUUCUUUGAGCAAAGUGCAUUCUUGUCCUUCUGCAUGGUAAUGGUCUUGGUCAUGAACGUCUACUAUGUGGGGAAGGAAUUGGUGCAGAUAUCACAACAGCGCUGGAAAUACUUCAAGGAUUAUUCCAACCAGGUUGACUGGUUUUGCGCAAUCUUCUGUCUUCUCUACGUAAUUCCCACCAUCCUCAAUUUAGACGGUUCAUUACACUGGCAAGCAGGGGCCAUGGCAGUUUUAGGCUCCUGGAUUGGAUUUCUUCUCUAUCUCCAGAGGUUUGAGGGUGUUGGCAUCUAUGUUGUGAUGUUUUGGGAGAUCAUGAGGACCCUGGUCCGCGUUGUGAUGCUGUUCUUGUACUUGGUGUUAGCAUUCGGUUUGGCGUUUUAUGCUCUGAUGCUAAACCAGAAAGAGUUUGUCAGUCUGCCGAUCUCUGUGAUGCAAACGUUUGUGAUGAUGGUCGGGGAGCUGAACUACCAAACCAACUUCCUGGAUGCUUAUCUGAACCAUGAUCUUCCUUUUGGCCUCCUGACUUUCUUAAUUUUUGUGACAUUUGUCAUGCUCAUGCCAAUCUUACUGGUGAACCUGAUGAUUGGUCUAGCUGUUGGAGACAUUGCUGAAGUACAAAGAAAUGCAGCCCUUAAAAGAAUUGGCAUGCAGAUUGAGCUGCACACCGCUCUGGAAGACAAGCUGCCUUAUUGGUUCAUGAAACGAGUGGACAAGCUCUCCCUUGUCGUCUACCCUAAUCGCCACUGCUCAAGGAACUUUAUUACGCAUUUCUUUUUCGGUGAGGAUGACACAAAUGAUGUCUGGAAUCGACUGCAGGCCAAACCAAAGAACUGCCCUGUGCUGGAGAAUGAGCUCAGAAAGCAGAAGGCCAGGAUGAAGGAGAUGUCGAGCAGUAUGGAGAAGCAGCACAACCUCCUGAAGCUCAUCAUCCAGAAGAUGGAGAUUACCUCAGAAGCCGACGAGUCCGAUGGCCCCGUUACCGUCAAAGGCAACAUGUGGCCGAGCUUGAGUCAGCAGAAGCCAAGUGGAUAUGGCACGUCUCUGUGGGUCCCACUGAUGAAGGCCAUCGAGUCCAAAAAUAAAUAAAGAGAAUGGGAUCUUAUAUAUAAAGAGGAAGGGUCUUAUCAUAGCAACAACUAUAACAUUUGACGUAGUUACUUAUCACAACAUUUUAAAAGUAUUGAUGUAUAUGGUAUAAGUAUGUGAUUACUUAACUAUUGUAACAGUUAAUUGAAUUUAAAGUUGAGUUGCCUUAACUAUUGUGGGGUUUGAUACUGAAUAGCUUUGGCAUGGUAUUGUUGUAGAUGUUUUUAUUGUAGUCUGAAACAGUAAGUUUCACUCGUGAUCCACUGAUGAACAAAUGUAUUAAGUCAUCCUGUGGUGUGUAUGCAGUGUUGCCAUGUUUCUAUCAUGCACACAGUGUAGCUGUUUUUUAAAUGUUGUGAUGUGUCUUCAUGUGCAAGGAAUGCGAAACGUAAGUAAAAGCUCUUACUAUAAAAACCUAAAUUGUGUUAAAUUGUGAUCCACCGAAUGUAAAGCUGCAAUAAGAGCAGAGGGCACUUCCCACGCGUGGAUGCAUUCAUGUUAUUUCAGGAAAGUUUCCUGUGGGGCAUGUUUUAUUAAUGCAUAACACAUUUAGAGACAACACAUCACAAUGGUUUAUGGAUCAUUGGCUCUGAUUUGUGCACUGCCUUCUUCACUAGUGCCACACACACACACACAUACACACACACCCACACACACGCACACACACACACACACACGCACACACACACAAGCUUUGGGCCUCAGUGGCGAUUUCGUGGAUCAUAGCAGGUUGGGAGAGAAACAGAGAGGCCUCUGACAUCAUGUGCUUGCACCUGUCCCUCUGCUUCUCCAGCUUAGGGCCCUGAUAGAGGUCACGACCCCUGAGAGUCUUUGCUGAUAGACAAAUGUUAGUUCCCCUUUAAGUCAAGUUUUAAGUAAUAUUUAUUACUGAUAGCCCUGAAUUUGAUUAUUCACAGGGCAAAUACAAUAACCCUGUAACCAUCAAUUACACUGAUGUUUGGGACAAUGUUUUCAGCUUUUACUUGAAAGAGCAGAAAUGACUAAUGAGCCCAAUUGUUUUAUCCCAACCUGCUCCACGCUAAUAGUGAAUGAAGCAGCUGCUUGAGAUAUGUGUCACAUUAGCCAAUACCUUUUUGUGUAUUAAAUAAAAAAUAAAAAGAUGACCGCU